AUGAUAUAUGUUGUUGAGUACCAGAAAUGGGGGUUGCCACAUGCUCAUUUCCUUGUUAUCCUUAAACCCAAUUCUAAGAUUAGAUGCCCUGCUGACUUUGAUAAGUUCGUUUCUGCUGAGAUUCCUUCUCUUGCCAGCCCUCAUUUGAGGAAGAUUGUUCUGCAACACAUGAUGCAUGGCCCCUGUGCACAACUGAACCCUGAUUGUGCGUGCAUGAAACGGAGAGGUAAUGAGGGGCACUGCAAGUAUGGAUAUCCGAAGAAAUUUGCUGACAAAACAACUAAUAGCAGCGAUGGAGAAAGUGUUUGUAUUCGCAGGGUUAAUAUGGAUAACAGGUCGGUUAUUCCAUAUAACCUGUACCUAUCAUCACUCUUUGAUUGCCACUUAAACGUUGAGGUUUGUUCGACCAUAAUGGCAGUUAAAUACUUGUACAAAUAUGUGUACAAGGGCCAUGACAGGAUCUCAUUCAACGUCGUGCAGGAUGGUAGCACUGCUAUUGUUGAUGAGAUCCAAGAGUAUCAGGCUGGGAGGUGGGUUUCCCCGUGUGAGGCAGCAUGGAGGAUUUUCGGGUUCGAUCUGCUUGAGAUGUCUCCAUCAGUGUUGCCUCUGCAAAUACAUCUAACUAACUUGCAGACAAUCCAGGUAAUACCUCAUGAGAAUUUAGACGAGAUCAUUUCAAAUGACAAAAGAUCUCGAACUCAACUUACAUAA